AUGGCGUUUUUGCAUUCCGUGCUUAAGGAUGUCUGUGAUAAGCAGCCUUACAAAGUGGGUAAAGAAGGCUUAAAUGAGAUUGUUAAUACGCAUUUGAAAGAUAAAUUAUGUUCAGGUCAUGAGGGUUUUAAGAGAGUCAUUGACAAGGUGGCCGAUGGUGUCGGGGGGUAUAAUAGGGCAGUGGAGAGUUCUAAUGAAGCUGUAAGAAAUAUUGUUACAGGGAUGCAGAAGAAUAUGAAGAGUCUUCAAACUCAGGUGAGUGGAAUUUUAAAGGAUAAUGUUGGUGCAGGUGACCUGGAGCUCAAGCAGCCGGUGACGUUCACUCCAGAGGAAGUGAAGGAGGCAAUGGACAAGAUCGACAGUCACUUGAAUAGCUGCCUUGACGUUACUUACAACUUUAAUAUCGAUAUGCAUAGCGCGAAAACCCGCAUUAAUGACGUAAAUCAUACGCUGCGUGUUAAUGUUAAUAAUGUUCGUAUGUUCGUACAACACGAAAAUGAUAGGCUUAAAGCCUCGACGAAAACGUCGCGUGAUGACAUGUAUGAGAUGCAACAAACGGUUGGCUACGUGCUACAUGAGUUAAGAAUGAAGGUGAAUGGCAGUAUUAAAUUCCAAGUGGAGAACCUUGUGAGCAUGUUGAAGAAUAAGGUUGCAGAUAUUCGAGCUCAACUUAAGGACGUUAAUAAAUUACAUAGGAAAUAUGUUGACGUUCUUACACAGUGGAUUAAGGAUGUCGACAUGUUCAUUGAGCAGCAGGGGGAAAAGAAUGUCCAAAAAAUCUUAGAUGAAGUUAAGUGGAGUAAUGAUGGUAACAAGCCACAAAACUGGAAUAACGUUGUAUGUGCUGCAGACGAAUUGAAAGCUAAAGCACAGUCUCUUUGCACGGCUGGUCAGGCGGCUAGGGUGGCUGCUGAGCAGUACGUUAGGGAGGCGCAGGAUGCAGUUUAUCACUUGGACUAUGGACUUAAACAAGAUUUGAAGAAGAUGAGAGAAGAUAUUAAAACAAAGAUUUGGCAAGAAAUUAAAACACUAAAAGUCAUGGAUUUAGGGGGCGAUGUGAAUGUGGAUUUGAGGAGGCUGGAAAGUGGGAUUAAAGAAUCGGUCACAACGUAUAUUAAGGGGUAUGUCAAUGCAGUUAAAACAAACGUUGACAAAAUAAAGGGGAAUGGACAAGAUGACGGUCUAGCGGGGGUUAAUAAGCAUAUAGUGGAGAUAUAUGCGAAGGAGUUCAAGAAUGGAACUGAUGCGUUUGACAAAAUUGUGAAAACAUGGUUGGAGGAUAUAUUUAAGUAUAACGUCUCGGUUAAAGAUUCCAUUAAGGAGGCGCUUGACAAGAUCAUAAUCAAUCUAAAACACCUUACGCUAAGUUCCACCUAUGUAGAUAAGAUCAAAAGUAAAAUUGAGGAUGGGCAAAUCCAGCAUAUCGCGGGUGCAAUUAAGGACAGGAUUAAGACCGAAGGUAGCGUCACAUUUGAAACUUUCGAACAUCGAGUCUACAAGUGUGUCAAUAAUUUUGCGACGACACUUGGCAAUAAACUUGGUAAGGACGAACAUGACUCUCCCACUAGAAAACAGUUUGUCAAAGACAUAGCGUCGGAGAUUGGGAAGAAGGUGGUGCAGGAUGGCAGCGACGAUUCCGGUUUGAUAAACUAUCUCAUAGAUGCUGCCACCGCCAUUCUAGCGGCGUUGUACUCCAAGGCUAGUGACAUUGCGAGUGAACUUAAAUCAUUAGCUGCUAUCAACGGAUCCAGUAAAUCUCAGGUCGGUAAAAAGCUGGACGAUGCUUACAAUGACGCUAAUAAUCUGUCCACUCAGCUUAGCGCGGCGCUAAGAGGAUCCAACAGGCAUGCCUACGUCCCCGACCCCGGCUCCCUCUCGAAGCCUGACGAUAGCCUUGACACUAAGAUUGGGGCCGCCAUUGACGGUCAGUUUACAAGUGGUCCAACUGUUAUUGUUGAUGUUGCUGGAAGUCAAGCAGCAUAUGAACUUAGCAAAGUCAUGAAGUCGUUCCACACUAACUACAGUGAGAUAAGAAAGAGCCUCAGAAAGAACAUUGAAGGAAAAGUUGAUCAGGAGAUCGGUACGGAGAAGGAACAUGGCGGAACCUAUGAUUUCAGAAUGAAAUCGCUGUCGCUAGACAAACUUGAGAGUUACAUAAAGUGCAUCGGCCAAGACAACAUUAAGAAUGGUUCACUUCCCAAGGCUAUAGAAAAUAUUGAAAAUCAUGUGAAGUCCGCAUUAUCACCCAUUGAUGGGCUCAACGAUGAAGCGAAACAACAAUUUCAGAAGGUUGAUCAGCAUCUCGAUGUUUUGUGCGCAGUAAUAAGACGCGACGGUGAAGAGCUCAAGGACCAAUUGAAAAUUUUGAAGAAUAAUAAGAUUGCGAAGGAGCUGAAACAAAUCAAAGACGAUCUUGACAAUCUAAGAAAAACAAUGUUUUAUAAUGUCCUCAGGGAAACCAGACAUUUCAUUGAAGAAGUGGCCCCAAGAUUGGAAAAGGAGACCAUCCAAUGCCUUCAGGACUUUUUGAAUAACGAAGUGCAAAAAGCCAAAAAUCUUCUCACCACCCGCGCCCGCCGCAACUACGUCACCUCCGUCAAGGCGCUGCUCACGGCCUUCGCCACGAAGGUCACGCAGGAGCUGCAGCCGUUGCCCGCCGCGAUCGACGAGGAUCUGCGAAUAGGGUUCAAGGGGUUUGUGAAGAAAAUAGAGACGCAUUUUAUUCCAAACGUUAAAUUAAUUGGCAGCUUGUCGAGGUCUACUACUACCUACGUUGAAAUAGUAGAAAAGUCUCCGCAGCGAUCCGCUGCAUUAUCUAUCAGGUUGGGUUUCGAGGGUUUCUUAUACAGCUUGUGGAGACAAGAAGACGUGAAAUGCGAUGACUUAAAAGUAGAGUCGCUGUAUACCCCUCUAAAAACACUCCUCGAUGGCCUGGAAAAAUCCCAACAUUUCGAUCACGAUUUCUGUAAGAACCGCGAGACAUUUAGCGCCGCGGUAAAUUUGUUUUCUCCUGAAACCAUGGAGGGCGCGCCGCAAAAGCUUUUGAUGCCUGUGAAGUACGGUUUGCAGAAGUUUUUGGAGGAGUUGAAAAAGGCGUACGUGAACCAGUACUCUGGUGUAAAGUUUGAACGCGAUCUGUUAGACGGUAAAUUCCUUGUUGACCACAAAAGUCAGCCCACUGCAACAUAUGACCUGAACGAGUAUGGCGAAAAAUUAUCUAAGGUGUGUUUGACGUUUUUGCGCAACUUGGCGCUUGGGUUUGAGAUCCUUAGAGAAACACUCAUCGACAUAUCGAAUCCCAAAACUCUCACUUCUAAAAUUCAUAUAGGUAACGCACUUGGUGAUUUCUUUGCCAAACGUGGAUUUGCAGUAUCCACUGGCGACGUAAAACAAGACGGUGAAUUGCGGAAUCACGAGAAUAUGAAGGGUGAGCAUGUUCACGAGAAACUUAAAAGUGCCGAUUUCAUGGAACGCUUACAUGAUUUGUUCAAUCAUCUAAGCACUUAUAAUCAAGUAUGUCACAUCCGCCAUAUUCCCGAUGGCAAGCCGCCGCGCGACAUCCGUCGUAUGUUGACUUGGAUGUCCGGACUCGGGAACAAUCCCGUCUAUGGCCCGUUGAAAGAAUAUCUCAAAACAUUGUUUCCCAAGCCAAAUGAUCCAAAUUCCCCUCCCAACCCAAAUCCUUCACUUUCGGCGUAUCCAACUGACAUCACGUAUCAGAAUUUAACGUCUACUCUCGACUUAAUCCCUGCGUAUUCAUAUAAGCUUCUAACCCGCGUAUUAGGGUUCGGCCACGAAGGUGGUCGCUACGCCUGUGACAUUUUCACAAACGAAGAUGAUUUAUUAUAUCCAACUAGCUCCGGUCAAUGCUUUGACAUGUUUAUUGAUAUGUUGUUCCGACUACGUCAACAGUUGUGCUUCCUGUAUACGCAGUGUCAUAACGGCCCUGAUAGUAGCGGCUGGUCUGAUUGCUAUUACGGCAGAAACGUGGCCGGGUCAGCAUGGAACUGCAAUGACCUCAAAUGCCCUAACCAACAAUGUCCUCAAAAGGUCGACCAAAAGGGUGGGCAAAUAGGUAACCAAACAGCUACCCAAACGUGUGACCAACACCCUACUUGUGGUCUUAAAUCACCAUUACAGUCCUUUUUGGAGGACGGCCUUCAGGGGUUCCUCCCUCAUUCAAUCACCUCUCCUGGUUGCAAGCUGACAUGUAGUCUAUCCAACCACAGAGGUAUCCCCUGCAAAACACCCAUGGGUUUCGGUGACAUCGCCACAGUGGCGUCACAUACAAAAACAGGUAUAGAUCUAAAACGUGUUCUUGGUCAAUAUUGUGGCCAGCAGGACAGUCCACUUACUAAGCUUUGCAGUCUACUCAGUUGCCUCGUUAGCCGUCCCCCUCAAAAUUUGGGUGACAUGUUCGCGUUUUAUUAUGGUUUCCUCGCAGAUUGGAAUGGAGGAUUUUAUAAAUACGAAAAGACAGCGUAUACGCAAGAUGCAUUUAAUGAAUCUGUGAACGAUGCCAAUUUCGGAACAUCAUAUACAGCUCUUGACCCAAGUCCCCUGUUUAAUAGAACUGAUCACGCUGAAAGUCACUCCAAAGGCGAUCUGCUCAGCAUAUCAACGUGCACAUCUGACUCGAAGGAGACUUGCGGUCUCUACCUUCGGCCACUGGCAUCGAACGUCUAUACCAUUUUUUCUUCGAAGUACAAGAGCAAUUACUUGUCGUGGAUCGUAUACAUUACCGAAACAUUUAACGACUUACUCCAAAAAUUAUAUGACGACUGUAAUUCAAAAUGUGGUAAGAUGCAAAAUAAAUGCCGCGGAGUGAUAUGUAUAAGGGAUUGCCCGACGGCCAUCCCAUCUGAUAAAUCAAGGAACCAUACAUCUGAAUGCGGUUCCAUUGUAAAGUGUCCGGACACCUAUCCGACACUAUGUAAAUACGGUUUUACAUUUGGAAGCGCAUAUGAUUUAAGCGGUAGAGGAAGACACCCACAUCAGAGAAGAACGUGUAACAAUUUCUGCGAGGCGCUGAAAAAAGUUCUCAGCAACAAAGAAUCGGACGGUGCACCACUCGCCAAAUUAAUUUUCAGAACCAUUCUCCCUGACAUUGUUAGCCCUCUGGUCGCUGUCGCUCCUGUACCUGCUGCACAUCGCCGUCGUCCGCCUCGACGUCCUGAGGAUGCUCCACCUGAGAUCACCCGUAGCUACCGCAGCGCCGCACAGUCCUUCCGUUGCCGUAUCGCGUUGGCAGCACUCAAGCAACGUUCUUCAUUUUCACUGUAA